GGUUGUCUGUAUUUUUUGUGAUUUAUGUAAAAUUUUGAUGAAUAUAUAUAUUUUUUUAAUUUACCAGAUCGAAAUCUACCAGAAAUGGCGGUAGACGGAACAUACGUGAAACUAACCGAGGAUCAGAAUUCCUUACAGAAUGUCACGCCCGGUGAAUUAAAUCAAGCCAUCGAUAUCGAAAAGCUGACUGCUCGCAGAUGUGAGCAAUGUGGACAAACGUUACCUGCAUCCUACACUCCGCCGGCCGACGAAGAUUGGACUACCGGCAUUUUCGGUUGCUUUGAAGAUACCGAUAGUGGGUUGACUGGACUAUUCUGCCCCUGCGUGCUGUUCGGGCGCAAUGUGGCAGCGUUCAACGACGAGAUAACUCCGGAGAGGGCGUGUGUGGGGCACGCGAUAUGCAUUGAAGGUGGGAUAGCAUUGGCGGUAACUACAGCAGCGUGCAGCGGAGUGAUUGAUCCGGAUACCGCUUGCCUUUUAACGGAGGGUUUGCUGUUUGCUUGGUGGGUUUGUGCUAUCUACACCGGCAUGGGCCGUCAGUUGCUCCAACGUAAAUAUCAUCUU